CCGACGCCGGGGAUCUUGACGCCGUUGCUGAGAGUGAAGGUCUGUCCGGAAGACAUGAUUGCGAGGGGUGUGAGAGAUGGAAGGCAAAUGGGUAUAAUGGGUAUAAUGGAGGGAUGAAGAGUAGGGAAGAAGGGAUGAGUACAAAUAGAGGGUGGGCGUGGGAGGUGACUGGGAAAGUGGGGUGGAGGGGUGUUGCGUUGAAGAGGGGUAUGAUGCUAUUGCAUCCGUGGUGGUUGCAACUAAAUUCUAUGCAGGUCGGUUGUUUUUUGCCUUUCCCGGUGUGCCAUUGCCUUUUCAUCUGGACCGCUAUCACCAACUUCAGUAUCUACCUUGAUGCUCGAGACAUCGAGCUGAGCUCUGAGCUCGUGCUGGCUGACACCGGAGAGCUUCUCAUGACGGCAUGGGCCUGAGGACUCCAUCGGGGGCAUCCACUCUGGCUUUCCUAAAUUCCCAGUCAAACCCGCUGCUGGCCAUGACAUCACUGUGGGUGUUGG